ACUGUGAUUGCCAUAAUCCGAGACCGCACUCCGCCCCGUUUUUCACUAUAAGGUCAAUCCCACGAAUCGAACAGAUCACCAUGAGUUUGUCGUGGGUGGCUGUUUUACUUCUUUUCUAUGCUGGAGCUGCAACAGCCCGAGGGUACGCAUGUUCUCAGCCAGCCUUGUAUAGGCAGUGUCAGUGCCCUUCGUUCUGCGGCUCCUACAAUAGUGCUCCUGGUGGCUACAUUAUUAUGUACGAUAGUGGGUAUGGUGGCUAUGGUGGCGGAUUAGGUGGCGGAUACGGUGAUUUGCUUCCUAGACGUCACAAGAAACGAAGACAUCAUAAGAAAAAGAAGUUCCGCUUUGAAACCGCUGAGGAGCCAGAAGAGGAACUACCCGAACAUCCAUCAGAGCCAGAGGAGAGACGUCCAUCGCCAUCGGAGCCAGAGGAAAAGUCGAGCAACUCUAAACAUUCUUGGGAGAAUGAGGAUAAAUGGGAGAAGAAAUUUGUGAGCCACAAAUCAAAGAGUAAGGAACCUGAAGGUGGUUCCGAAGAGUUGCCAGAGAUUGAUGAUGAGGACAUAACAUCUGCAAAAGGUCCAGCAGCUGCAAAAGAUCGCGCGGACAAGCUGUUAAUACCCAUAGUAGCGCAAGCCCGGGAGGAGAACCUGGCGGUCAAGGUCCAGUCAGUGUGGAUAACACGGGGGGCGGCUGAUCUGCAGCUAGUGGAUCUUCAAGGUAACGGCGGUCCUUUGGCAUCUCUUCAGAUAAUGCAAAUUCACCCGUCACUUUUUUCUUGGAGCUCAGACACUACGAGUAGUUAUCAUAUUUAA